UUCCUCACUUUCCUCUCAAACGCCAUAAACACAAGCCACUGCACAAUCUUUGUGUUCUUUUUCUCUGCAAUUAAGGCAGAGAAAAAAGCACACAAUAAUGGAUUCCCUCUCUUCCUCCUUCAUGUCUCCGUUAUUACAUCCAAAGCUAUCUCUAACAUUGCCACAACCACAGCAUGUUCCUUUAUUCCUCACCAUCUCCUCCGUCAGAAUCGAAGAAAAACCACCCACCACCACCACCACCACCACAACAAGAACAGAGUCUCAGAAAACAUUAAAUAAGCAAAACCCAUCAUCAUCAUAUCCCAGAAAAUCCUCUGAUCCAAUUACAACAGCAGCGCCACCGCGGCCACCGGCUUGGAAGCGGGUGGAGCCGUCCCUGCCGGCGACCAUCUUCGACGCAUUCGACGACAUAAUCAACAAAUUCAUCGACCCUCCUAUCAAAUCCUCCGUCGACCCGAGGUACGUCCUCUCCGGCAACUUCGCCCCCGUCAAAGAGCUCCCGCCGACAGAGUGCGAGGUGAUCGAGGGUUCCCUCCCGCCGUGCCUUGACGGCGCCUACAUCCGCAACGGCCCCAACCCGCAGUUCCUCCCCAAGGGACCUUACCACCUCUUCGACGGUGAUGGCAUGCUCCACUCCAUCCGAAUAUCCGGCGGCCGCGCUACCCUCUGCAGCCGCUACGUCAAGACCUACAAGUACACCGUCGAAAGCCAAACCGGCUCUCCUGUCAUCCCCAACGUCUUCUCCGGCUUCAACGGCCUCACCGCCUCCGCAGCCCGCGGGACACUCACCGCCGCAAGAGCUCUCGCCGGACAAUUCAACCCCACCAAUGGCAUUGGCCUCGCCAACACCAGCUUAGCCUUCUUCGGAGACACUCUCUACGCCCUCGGCGAGUCCGACCUCCCUUACGCCAUCAAACUAUCGCCGGACGGAGAUAUACUAACCCUAGGUCGCCGUGACUUCAACGGCGAGCUUUUCAUGAGCAUGACAGCACACCCCAAAAUCGACCCGGAAUCCGGCGAGGCCUUCGCUUUCAGGUACGGCCCGGUGCCGCCUUUUCUAACCUUCUUCCGGUUCGAUGCGGACGGAAACAAACAGCCUGACAUACCCAUCUUUUCUAUGACACGGCCAUCGUUUCUGCAUGAUUUCGCGAUUACCAAGAAGCACGCGGUGUUUGCAGACAUACAGAUAGGAAUGGAUCCAAUGGAAAUGAUAAUGGGAGGUGGGUCCCCGGUGGGGACGGAUCCAGGGAAGGUGCCGAGGCUCGGGGUGAUCCCGAGAUACGCCAAGGAUGAGUCUCAGAUGAAGUGGUUUGAUGUUCCCGGGUUUAAUAUUAUACAUGCCAUUAAUGCGUGGGAUGAGGAUGGUGGCGAUGCAGUGGUGAUGGUGGCGCCAAAUAUAUUGUCGGUGGAACACACGUUGGAGCGUAUGGACUUGAUCCAUGCAUCAGUGGAGAAGGUGAGAAUUGAUCUGAAAACCGGGAUGGUGUCGAGACAUCCGGUGUCGGCGAGGAAUUUGGACUUUGCAGUCAUAAAUCCGGCCUAUGUGGGGAAGAAGAACAGGUAUGUGUAUGCAGCAAUAGGUGAUCCAAUGCCCAAGAUAAGUGGAGUGGUGAAGCUGGAUGUAUCGGUGUCUGAAGGAGACCGGCGAGAUUGCACGGUGGCCAGCCGGAUGUUUGGGCCGGGAUGCUACGGGGGCGAGCCCUUCUUCGUGGCGAGGGAGCCGGAGAACCCGGAGGCGGAAGAGGACGACGGGUAUCUGGUGACCUACGUGCACGACGAGAACGCGGGAGAGUCCAAGUUCUUGGUGAUGGAUGCUAAGUCACCUAAUCUUGACAUUGUGGCUGCUGUCAGGCUGCCACGCAGGGUGCCUUAUGGGUUCCAUGGGCUCUUUAUUAGAGAAAGGGACCUCAACAAGCUGUAACACAACCACCACAAACAGCGCACAAAGUGGCAUAUAUCAUACUACUCUACAACGACUGCACAAGAAAAAUGUGAAAGGAAAAGAUAUGUAGUUAUCAAUGUAGUUUUCACAUGCAUUGAUUUGUGAUUGUAAUUGCAUUGUAAAAGGUAGUAUAAUGUAAAAUCAAUAUCACAUUGUAACAUAUAUAAAAAUUAGAAAGAAUUAUAUACAUUAAGGGGAAUUCGCAAGAAUUAGAAUAUUGCAUUUUUAUUGCCUC